GUUUAAAUGUUUAAAAGCACCUGUUUCUCACGACCAGUUUCUUUAAAGCCCACUUCAAUACUAUCCUUCUUUCUAUGCCUAGAUCUACAAAAUAUUAUCAUUUAUUUAAAUUCACAGAUUAAGGUUUUGCUUGCAGUUACCAUACGUAACAACGCCCUGCUCAUCAUAUCACUGAAUAAGCAGCUCGACCAACUCUAGUUCCACUGUUAAAUAAAUCUCAUCGGUUUUUGAAGUAAGGAAUGCGGAGACCGACAUUGUUACGUCAGCGUGUGCGGCAUUGUUGCGUGUCUUGCAAGCGAAUCCGGCCGUGGACCGGUUCCACCACCCUAUGCUUUUACUUUCCUAGACCUCCGUCCCACCCAACUCGGACUGCCCACUCAGUUCCUUUCAAUCCCAAAAUUUCCUUCUCCUUAACUUCCACGUGUGACGUCGAAUGAGCUCCUUAUAAGAAGGCGCCCCUCUCUGUGGGAUCACAGUUUCAUCUCGACGCGCCAGGUGGCAGGCAGGAGCAAUGGGCAUUAAGGUUCUGGCUGAAGUACUGGUGAUCGUGGCGGCUGUUGCCUCUUACCCCGUGACGUAUGUAGAGCAGGGUCAACAGCAGGGCCAACAGACGAUAGCUCCUCAACAAUACAGAUUGUUGCUGCAGCAAGUGCAGCCUCAGCUGGGAGCAGCUGUCUUCCAACCAGAGCCUCAUUCACAGCCUCAACCUCAGACCCAAACCCUGAUUUACCAACGGCAGCCCCAGCAAAUACAACCCCAGCCUCAAACUCAACCUCAAACCCAAACCCUGAUUUACCAACGGCAGUCCCAGCAAUUACAACCCCAGCCUCAAACUCAACCUCAAACCCAAACAUUGAUCUACCAACGGCAGCCUCAACAAGUACAACCACAGCCUCAACCUCAAGUUUACGCUGCGCAGAGACUAAAAGCACGCCCAAUUCCAGCUCAGCAGCCGACGGUACAACCUCUUCAGGAACCAGAAGACUUUGAUCCUAACCCUCAAUACCAAUUUGCGUUUGAUGUGAAGGAUGAUGAAUUUACCAAUUACCAGAACAGGAAGGAGCAGAGAGAAGGAGGGAAGACCUCUGGCAGUUACAGCGUUGUUGAUUCUGAUGGAUUCAUUCGUACAGUCAAGUAUACAGCAGAUAACCUAGAGGGCUUCAAAGCUCAGGUGACCCGUGAGCCAACGGACAUUGUGGUGAAGAUCCCGACACCACCUCCCCCACAGGAGCAGGUGCAGCAGCCACAAUAUGUUGCUCAACCAGUUCCUCCUAGCCAACCGUUCGCACAAGUGUACAACAGCGUGGCUGCACAACCGACGUCAGAACAGCUGGCAAGGUUGCGAGUUCUGGCCAGGCAGCAGUUUGCUGCUGCACCACAGCCACAAUCUGUACAAGCAGUAGUACCUGCCCCACCACCUGCACCGGUACAAUACCAGGGAGUGCAGCCACAGGUUCAAUAUGUACCACAACCUCAAGCACCGAGGCCAAAAGUUGUAAAGGCAGGAGCUAUUGGAUAUGCCACACAACAACCAGGCCCAUCUGUUGUGUAUCAGGCAUAUGAAGAGUGAUGCAGAGUUCUGGAGAAGAUGCCAAGAUAUAUUAAGGCACUUUGGCAGACAUGGGCAAUAAUUCAGAUCUGUAAGCCAAGCUGAACUAUUGCCCUCUGCCACACAAAAGUGUACUUCGGUUAUGAUAAACCUAAGUUUCAGUAUUACAAUUAAUAUGUUGCUGGACAUUAUCCAUCAUCUUGUCUGUUCUAAAAAACCGUCUAGUUUCUAUU